GCCGGGUUCCGAGCGAAGGGUGUGUCGGAGUGGGAGUAGCUGGCGAUUUUUGAGCGGUGCGACAGAAAGGGAAACUGAGUCCUGGGGGUGAAGAACAGGCUCUACGGCCCGUGGGGCUUUCCCCGGCCCCCGCAUUCGUGGACUUUGUGCCUGGUUGCGCAAAGCGAGAAAACUGAGGCUGUGGGAGGAGGCGGGUUCGUCGCGAACGGUGGUUCCGGGUGGUGAACCAGCAUGAUGCCCUGUCGUUAUUAUACAGGCGGAACACGGGCCAUGAAAGUAAUUUAUAGUAGAAGAAUAUGCCCUUCACUUUGCAAAAGCUGAAACAGGAUUACACCCAGAUCGUGUUUGUACCUAACUCAAACUGAGGUGUUCCAAGGAGCAGCCAUGUCCACCCUGUACCCAUCUCUGGAGGACCUGAAGUUGGACCAAGCCAUUCAGGCCCAGGCCAGAGCUGCACCCAGAAUGCCUGCCCUGCCAGUCUCCCAGUCUUCAGUUUUGUACCCAAGCCUGGCAGAAUUGGAAAAUUAUAUGGGUCUUUCCCUCUCCAGCCAAGAAGUCCAGCAGAGCCUGCUUCAGAUUCCAGAAGGUGCUAGUACGGUGGGCUCUGGCUCCUCGCUGGGCCAGCUGGUGGCACCACUGUCUGGGAACAGCCUUGGCACACGGCGUGCGGAGAUCAAGCCCGGGGUGCGUGAGAUCCACCUGUGCAAGGAUGAGCAUGGCAAGACUGGGCUGCGGCUAAAGGCCAUUGACCAGGGGCUCUUCGUGCAGCUGGUGAAGGCCAACAGCCCUGCGUCUCUCGUGGGGCUGCACUUCGGGGAUCAGAUCCUGCAGAUCGACGGGCGUGACUGUGCCGGGUGGAGCACGGACAGAGCCCACCGGGUGCUGAAGAGGGCAUCGGCCGAGAAGAUCGUCAUGGUCGCUCGGGACAGGCCCUUCCAGCGGACCAUCACCAUGCACAAGGACAGCAUGGGCCACAUCGGCUUUGUCAUCAAGAAGGGGAAGGUCAUCUCUGUGGUCCAAGGGAGUGCUGCGGCCCACAACGGGCUCCUCACCAACCACACCGUGUGCGAGGUGAACGGGCAGAACGUCAUCGGGCUGAAGAGAGCAGUCGUGCUACAAUGUGCUGCAGAGUCUCUCUUCCUCCCCGAAGGCUCGGGGCAUCGUGAUGAACUUGUCCGUUAUCCUGGCAAACCGUGGUGCUUCGAGCCUCUGAGGACAGGGGCUCUCCCUUUCCUGAAUGGCCCCACAUAGCUGUGCUUUGUGAGAUGCGUUGUCUCCUGAAAGCGGAUCCAUUUCCACCCUGUGGCUGUCACUAGGCCCAUCCAGCUUGUCUUUGCCGCUUGUCCCACAAUAACUGAGUGCAUAAGCAGGUUAGAUAUAUGCGGACAGUCCCUAGUCUCUGAGUAAGGGCUGGAAGCUCUUGUGUGGCCAUGCCUCAGAGUUUGGUCUAUUUGGCCCAGUUUGCGUAAAGCCUUGUCCUUUCUUGUUCUCCCCCUGGUCUGAAUGGCGUUCGCAGACCUUCCUCUCUUUACUGGGCAGCAAGGUGUAAGAUGAAGAGGGCCCAUGAGGGCUCUGCUGGGCUGGCGGCCAACAGGAGCCCAGUGGGUGCGUGGCUGCACCUGAUGGCCCCCACUGCAUGGUAAUUUUCCCUGUGCUUUGGGGCUAGAGCCUGAGGGUGACUGACUCCCACAGACAGGCCUUCAGGGGGAGGGCGGGGAGGGGCGUGCCCGCUUUUCCUGCAGAGAUUCUCAGGUCAGGGGACUUAUGCUCUUGCUCAAGCACGGCUGCUCCUGGGUUUCUGCCUGAGACCCCCCACCUGAUGGCAGCAGGGUCCUCUAGUGGGGGGCCGUGCUGACUGCCCCCCCCCGCAGAGGUGCCUCGGAGUCGCCCCUGGCCCCAGGGUGACCGCUCACU